AUGCUCAUCAUGAAUGAAAACAACAUCCCUCUGGACGAGGCCAAGCGCAUCGCAUACGCCUACUUCAGCAAGUAUGAAGAGGAGCUCAACCCGCGGUCCGCCGACAACAUGGACUUCAUCGUCGAGGCGGACAACCUGAGAGGCACGCCGUCUAACCCAGGCCUCCACGCCGCGCUCAUGGAACACAGGGCCAAGAGCAUCCAGGGCUUCUCCAAGAUCAUCCUGGGCCUCGAGAAGGCGCUGCUGAACUUCUGCCACGCAGAAUACGAUAGUUACAUGUUUGUCCACAAGGACAAGUUGAUCGAGAACUCUGAAAGGGUCGCGAGCGAGGCGGUGGAGAAGGCCAGGGAGCACAGGGCGGCCAUGAACCAGAUCAUGGACGCCAUCAAGGCUGAGUACCCUGCUGCACAGGGUUCUCGUGGUUCCAUGUAA